GCGAGAGGACAAGUCUUUCCCCUCAGUGUCAGGCUAGCUGAGAAUGCGUUUGUCCAAAGCUCUAGCAGACAUGGAGAUGGCAGACUAUAGCGAGGCCCUGGACCCAGCCUACACCACCCUGGAGUUCGAGAACAUGCAGGUGCUCGCCAUGAGCACAGACUCCUCACCAGCUGAGAGUGCCAACAUGAACGCUGCCAGCCACCUGGGUGCAGGUAGCCUGUGCGCCAUCUGUGGGGAUCGGGCAACCGGCAAACACUAUGGGGCGUCCAGCUGCGACGGCUGCAAGGGUUUCUUCAGACGCAGCGUCCGCAAAAACCACAUGUACUCCUGCAGGUUUAACAGACAGUGCAUAGUGGACAAAGAUAAGAGAAACCAGUGCAGAUACUGUAGACUAAAAAAAUGUUUUCGGGCCGGAAUGAAGAAAGAAGCUGUACAGAAUGAACGAGACAGAAUCAGCACCAGGAGGUCGAGCUAUGAGGACAGCAGCUUACCAUCCAUCAACGCACUCAUCCAAGCAGACGUCCUCUCCAGACAGAUCUCAUCUCCAGGACCUAUCCUUAAUGGUGACAUCAGAACAAAAAAGAUGGCCACCAUCACGGAUGUGUGCGAGUCUAUGAAGCAGCAGUUGCUGGUUCUGGUGGAGUGGGCUAAAUACAUCCCGGCCUUCUGCGACCUGCCCCUCGACGAUCAGGUGGCUUUACUGCGAGCUCACGCGGGAGAACAUCUCCUGCUCGGAGCUGCUAAACGCUCCAUGCUGUACAAGGACCUGCUGCUAUUAGGAAAUGAUCACAUAAUUGCUCGGAACUGCCCCGAGUUGGAAGUGAGUCGGGUAACGGUGAGGAUCCUCGAUGAGUUGGUCCUUCCUUUCCAGGAGCUCCAGAUAGAUGAUAAUGAAUACGCCUGUCUGAAGGCGAUCGUGUUCUUUGAUCCAGAUGCUAAAGGUCUGAGUGAUCCAAGCAAGAUCAAGCGGAUGCGGUAUCAGGUUCAGGUUAGCUUAGAGGAUUACAUCAACGACCGGCAGUACGACUCGAGGGGACGGUUCGGCGAGCUUCUUCUGCUUCUGCCCACGCUACAGAGCAUCACCUGGCAGAUGAUCGAGCAAAUCCAGUUCGUUAAGCUGUUUGGAAUGGCCAAGAUAGACAACCUCCUGCAGGAGAUGCUUCUAGGAGGCUCUGCAAACGAAGCCCCCCACGCACCUCCAUCUCUACACCCCCACCUGGUGCAGGAGCACCUCAGCAACGUCAUUGUGACGGCAAACAUGGCCACUCCAGUUCACAACGGACAGAUGUCCACUCCCGAAACUCCAAUCCCCUCCCCUCCACCAGCCUCCAGCUCUGAGCACUACAAACUGGCCCAGGGGGUUAUAGCCACGGUGCCCAAACAGCCAACCGCCAUCCAGCAGCCCACAAUCACCAAGCAGGAGACCAUCUAAACCAUCUAAACCAUCUAAACGCCGUCACUUAACAAAGAACACCAUGAAUUUAGUUUAGCACUUUACAGUUAGGGUCCAUGCAAUUAACAGUACUUACCACAGAAUGUCUCAACUAAUUACUAAUUGACACUAGUUAAGACAUUAAGAGAUUACUAGUCUUAACUAGUGAAUCAUUAAACAACAUUUAACAAUAUGUAUUGCUGUCAUCAGUACUGUUAAUUGUGGCCCUUAUUGUAGAGUGCAUCUGUAAAACAUUUAAGGCUUUUACAAGGUAGUUAUUUGGACACAGCCAUUAAAGAAAGCACAAUCAGCAGCAGCUGCCAUUGUCAAACAAACAUUGGGUUAACAUCAAGCUCCAACAUCAGACCAAUGUUUUAUUUUGGUUGGAAAUCAAAGUUGCAAACUUAGCAAAACUUAUAUUGGAUUGAUGUCAAGCUCUGUUAGACAGAUGUUCAAAUUUUGGUUUGAAAUCCCAGUCUCUGAUCUGUCAAAAAACAAUAUUGAGUUAACUUUAAGCUCCAACAUCAGACAGAUGUUUUGUUAUGGUUGGAAAUCAAAAUUGCAUACUUAUUAACUAAACUAACAUUGGGUUAAUGUCAAGCUCUGAUAGACAGAAGAUUGAAUUUUGGUUUGAAAUCACUGUCUUAGAUCUGUCAAAAACAAAUAUUGAGUUAAAAUUUAGCUCCAACCGAUGUUGGACCGAUGUUGGAGCUCCAACCAUCGAUGACCGAUGUUUUAUUUUGGUUGAAAAUUAAAGUUACAUACUAACACUGGUUUGAUGUCAAGCUCUGUUAGGCAGAAGUUAGAAUUUGGGUUCAAAAUCUAAAUCAUAGUCCAACAAAAACCAACAUUGGAUAGACAUCAAGCUCCAAAGUUAGAAAAAUAAGACAUCCAGAGACACUUAAAAUAAAAUAGUAAAACAUUUUCAAGGUAUUGAUCUGGACAUUAGAAUCUCAGCAUUAGAUCUGAUCUCAGCAUUAGAAAAGCAUACAUUUCCAACAAACUUUGGGUUAACCUCAAGCUCCAACAUUAGACAGAUGUUUAAUUUGGGUUGGAAAUCAAAGUUGCAAACUUAGCAAAACUAACAUUGUGUUGAAAUUACAGUCUCAGAUCUGUCAAAAACCAAUAUUGAGUUAGCUUUAAGCUCCAACAUUAGACAGAUGUUUUAUUUUGGUUGUAAAUCAAAGUUGCAUACUAAUAUUGUGUUGAUGUCAUGCUCUGUUAGACAGACGUUUGAGUUUUGGUUUGAAAUCACAGUCUCACAUCUGUUAAAAACAAUAUUGGGUUAACAUCAAGCUCCAACGUUAGACAGAUGUUUUAUUUUGGUUGGAAAUCAAAGUUGCAAACUUAACAAAACUAACAUUGGGUUGAUGUCAAGCUGUUUGACUUUUGGUUUAAAAUCAGUCUCAGAUCUGUCAAAAAACAAUAUUGAGUUAACUUUAAGCUCCAAUGUUAGACAGAUGUUUUAUUUGGUUCAAAAUCAAAGUAAUUAAAACUAACAUUUGGUUGAUGUCAAGCUCUGUUAGACAGAAGUUAGUAUUUUGGUUCUGGAUCUGUGAAAUCAAAAUCACAGUCCGUCAAAAACCAACAUUGGAUUGACAUCAAACAGCAGCAGUUUCCAACAAACUGUGAGUUAACAUCAAGCUCCAACAUUAUACAGAUGUUUUAUUUUGGUUGGAAUUAAACGUUGCAUACAAAUAUUGGGUUGAUGUCUAGUUUUGGUUUAAAAUUACGGCCUCAAAUCUGUCAAAAACCAAUAUUGAGUUAACAUUAAGCUUCAACAUUAGACAGAUUUUAUUUUGGUUGGAAAUCAAAAUUGCAUACUUAUUAACUAAACUAACAUUGGGUUAAUGUCAACUCUUUUAGACAGAAGUUUGAGUUUUGAUUUAAAAUCACAGUCUUAGAUCUGUCAAGAACAAAUAUUGAGUUACUCUUCAGCUCCAACAUUAGACCGAUGUUUUAUUUUGGUUGGAAUUAAAAGUUCCAUACAAAUAUUGGGUUGAUGUUAAGUUUUGUUAAACAGAAUUUGAAUUUUGGUUCAAAAUUACAAUCUCAGAUCUGUCAAAAAAACAAUAUUGAGAUAACAUUAAGCUCCAACAUCAGACAGAUGUUUUAUUUGGUUGGAAAUAAAAGCCAUUGAUCUGUCAAAAACCAAUAAAAACCAAGAGGCACCAAGAUGCUGCUUCAUGGAUUCUCAGAUAAAAUAGAAAAACCUUUUAAAGGUUUUAUUAAAUACUUUUAUUUUGAAGCAGCCAUUAUAGAAACAGCCAAUAACAGUUUUAAUGGUGAUUUUGAAUGUUUCCCACAUUUACUCUAGUUAAGAGCAUCUGAGAAAAAAACAUUAUAUAUGUAAACUAUAUUUUGAUUUGUGUUCAUUUGUCAUUUUCUAUUCUUUUUUAAGUUAUGAGUAAGAAACAAACAAAAGCCCCCCAGUCAAACAGAUGAAAACCUCAGGAGUGUACAGUAACAGUACUGUUAAAAAGCCUGUUUUUACUAAUUCAGCCUUAUGACUUAAGACUUAAUAACAGGCUAAUGUGUUUUUGUAAAGUAGUGAUACAUAUUUAUAUUCCCUUUGGAGACGUAGAGGUUUCAGUUUUCAGAGAUGAGAAAAAAAGAGAAAGAUUAGCAAUGUUUUAACUUUAUUUUAACGUGUAAUAGAUGUUACAACAAGGCCUUUCGUUUGUGCUGUACAGUAUUUUUAAUGACCAACAUGAUAGAAAUCAUCUCUACAACAGUACUUGAGGCUGCAUGACAUUGUGCCCUUAUAAUUUGUCUAGACUGCUUAUUAUUAUUAGGAGUUCAGAGUUUAUGUGCAUUAUGUGCAUCUUGUAUUUGAUGUGAACAGAAUAUAUAUGUGUAUAUAUAUAUAUAUAUAUAUAUAUAUAUAUAUUGUGAUACACUUUAUAAAAGUAUAAAAGCAUCCAGUUUUUAAGUGUAUUGAGAUGGAGAGGAAUAGGUGCCAAAUUAAAAAGCAAAUUCUACAAUGGAAAAAAUACAUACAUGCAAUCCACAAGAUGCAUUACUUUUCUAACACUAACAUGCAGAAUAUGUGCCAAAAGGAAAUGUAAAAACACAAGAAUUUGUCUCAGAAACGCUAAAUUUGUGUCAGAAUUGCACUUAAAAUGCAAUCAGCUCAACUGUGAAUGUUUAAAAGCAAAUCACAGUGCACAGGAUUGCAUUUCGUCUAGGAGCCCAGCCUUCAUUUAUAGAAUUAAAGUGUUUAUUUCCUCUUAUAUCCUGUCGCGAAAGACAUUUUCUCUGGUUUAAAGUACAGCUGUGAGUGCUCGCUUCUGACUGGUUCUCUAGUUCCACCCCAAUUUUUUAAGUGGGUUCUGAUUGGACAGUUCAGACAUUUCAUUUAGCCACAAAUACCUCAAUGCUCCUAGACGAAAUGCAAUCCUGUGCAUUGUGAUUUGCUUUCAGAGCCACACAGUGGAAUACAAUGCAGUUGAGCUGAUUUAAAGCAUUUUUUAGUGCAAUUCUGACUCAAAUUCAGCGUUUGGUUUUAAAAAUGUACAUUUUUGUGUGUUAUUUUACACAUAUUACUGAAGAAAAAUAAUGCAUCUUGUGGAUUUUUCCACUGAAGAGUUUUUUUUUUUUAUGAAAAGCAAUUCCUCUUCGUACACACCAGCAUCCAUAAUGAGUAAAGUCUAUUUUCUGUGAGAAUAUAAAAGAGGUCUUAUGUGUUUUGUCACUAAGGUAAACAGCCAUACUGUAUGUGUGUGUGUAGUGUGAGUGUGUGUGUGGGAGUGUGUGUGUCUGUUUGGUGAAUUCUGCAUGAUUUAAAAAAAAAAAAGUGCCUUUUCAUGCAUCACAGCCUUCAGGGAGAAGGAUGAUUUCAGCCUUGCAAUGUGAACUUGUAUUAAAUGCCAAGGUUAUAUUUUUACAUAAA